AUGCAGUUCACCUUCGCUACCAUCGUCACCCUCGCCGUUUCGGUCGCUGCCAUGCCUUCCGCCAGCAAGUCGCCCAAGGGCCUCUCUCUCUCCAAGGCAAGCGGCUUCUGCCAGGCCGGUGAGGUUGCUUGCUGCAACCCCAAGAAGGACAUCAGCGGUGAUGGUGUCCUCGGAAACCUCCUCGCCGAGGGACUUCUGAACAACCUGCUCGGCGUUGGAGACUCCGCCUGUGCCUCCCAGAGCCUGAUCAAGAACCUCAACCUUCUCGGAUUCACUGAGGAGGGUCAGGAGGGAACCACCUGCAAGAACACCGUUGCUUGCUGCCCCGCUGGCGAAGACUGCACCGCCAUCGACGCUUAA